AUUCUGAUGUCGAUAAAACAAACAAUGGAGGAUAAUAUAAUGGUUCUUUACUAUCACCUAUGGUUACUUAGCCUAGUUCUAUAAGUAGUACUAAUAUGGUACCAUUUAUAUAUUAUGAGCUAAUAGCUAACUUGGGUAGUAUAGUUCAUCCACUUUAGUCUCCUGUAAAUUAUGUUCUAAUAAUGGAUAGGCUAAAUGCUUUCUUUUUUGUGGAUUAUUUAGCACUUCACAAUGGCCAUUACCAACCAUAACUUAAACCUUUGCAUAAUUUUACAUCUUCAAGUGUAUUAUUAUAUCAAGAAGUGCCAAUUUAAUGCACACAAGCUUACGCAUAUUCUGCAAUAAAUAAUCAAGCAUGCAGGGUGUCCACUGAAAAGAAGAAUUUCGUUAUUUUAAUACGAAUACACAUUAGUAUUUAAAGUGGAUUUUUCUUAUAGGAAUACAAAAGAAGGAUGGCAUGAAGUAUCACAAGUAGAAUCUACUUAUGAGGAAUCAAAUAUCAGUGUAUAUACUGAAUUUGCCACAAGGAAAAUUGGUCUAAAUCUAACAUUACUGAAACAUGAUGGCACUAAUAAAAUAAUAAUUGAUAAAUGA